CACCAGCCUUCCCUGUGUGAGGCGCCUUUCCUCUAUCCACUGCUCUGAAUCAAAAACUCUCUCGCACAUGUCUUUGCCCACGUUUCAAUCCGGCACGCGUGUGCAGGCCGUUGAGAACCUUCUUUUUCUGCACUGCCGUUAUCAUUCUUGCCAAAGUUUCUUGCGAGCCACCUCACCGUCUCUACAGUGGCAUGAGCCUUCCUCGAGACUGCACAUCCAAUUUCCCCUCCGUUGAUGGCCUCACGCUAACCUUCUUCGCCCGAUGAUCUCUCAAUUUACCAGGUACUGGCCCCAUGCUAUACUGGGAUAGUGCCCGCACGCAAAAGGAGCUUGCGACGACACCCUUUGUACCGCCAGCACCUCACCGAUCUUGCCUUCGCUUCUCGCCGUCUUCUUCUGCGACCUGAUUGCAGCCGACGAGUUCAGUCCAUCCUGCCUGCUGCCAUAGAAUCCAAGGCAGGAUGUUCCGACACGGCCAAAUGCUUCACAAACGAGAGUCUCAGAACUCGGCCUUCACCUCCUCCCUACCUUCUAUCAUACCAAACCCGACAUCGGGUCUUCCGCCGUCAAUAGCUCCGAGUUCUGUCAACACAGACCCAUCAGUCACCGCCUCUAUCGUAACGGCGCAGGCAGUGUCGGGAUUCACCACCGUCACCGAAACCCAGACCCUAGAACAGAGCCUUACUGGUCAAGGCAUUGAAACCACUUUUACAACUGAAAGAACCAGAACCAUCACCGACCCAGCCGAAUAUGCCUCCCUCACUUCAGCAGCCGCGGCUGCGUCCUCCACCUCGACAACUCUGCGGUCCUCGACGACAUCGGCUGCCGCAACAAGCAGUGCCGCAGCCCAGCAGUCCAGUUCCAACCUUGGUACUUUGAUCCCAGCGAUCGUUGUCCCUAUAGCUGUGGUAUUACUGGCCUCCUUGGGUCUAUUUUGGUUCUUCAUGAGACGGAGGCAUCGGAGGGACCUGCAAGUUGAACCAGAGUUUGUGAUGACAGGCAAGGGUGAAAAGUUGAGCAGCCGCUCAAGCAGCAGCAGGUCUACCACAUCUAGCCCCAGGGGCCUUGAGAAAAAGUCUCCGGCGGUCACUCAAACCGAGCUUCCGUCUUCCACCUCGCCACCAACUCCCAUGUCUGAGUGGCCCUCGGUGCAAAUCGGUGCUGCUCGUCCGCUCACCCCUCAAGAAUCGAAAUCUUCUGGACAGGAUCGAUCUUUUGAUCAACCAAGAUCUCUGACCGCAAAUUCCCCGUACAGAAACAUGCGCGGCCCAGGCGCAUCAGCGAGACCAUCGACAUCCGGACGAGGAGCGCAGCCACCCUCAACCUGGGAGCAAGGAUCAAACAGGAACAGAAGUAACAGCACGCCGGGCCAGCGAGGCCAACCUCCAACAUCACGCUCAGGCCCUAGUCCGAUCCCGAGGACAGCCCCAAGCCCCGUCCUACGAAGCGGGCCAAGUCCUGUACCCCAGCGAUUAAACCCUAAUGCCUCUCCACGACCGGGAGCCUCGUCGGCGUUCCGCUUGCGUGAUCCUUCUCCCACCAUGAACCUAAGCAACCGAGCACAGGCACCAUCGCGGCUUGAGGCUCUUUCACCUGGUGCUUACAACGGCGCCUCGUCUAUAUCGCAAUACUCCCCGAUUGUGAAAGAUACACCCGUCAUUGCGAAGCCGCCCUCCAGCAAACGACCACCGCCACCCAUCAAGACGGCCAAUCUUGGAGCAAAAGGGGUCAAGUCACCCACUUCGGGCAGCCCUCCUGGUCAUGGCUUGACAGAAGAGAAUCUCCGCAUUGCGCGAUUGGCCAACUCCUCUCGCCUUGGUUACACUCCUGGCGAGCCCACCCCAUCACCUAAAUUACCUCCACCUGCCACUCGUUCGCAACUGAUACCUCGAGAGAGUCCGAAGGAGAAUCAAGAUCGCUUCUUUGGUGGGAGUGCAAAUCAUCAAGCGAUACAUCUUCCCCAAAGAGCGUCGAUCCACUACAACCCGGCUCGAGCUAGCAUUGUGUCGGAUGCCGACGAUUAUGAAGAUAUCGAGGCUAAAUCGGAUGUCAGCAGUCUCAAUGAGUUUGAGCGUUUUGACUUCGGCACCGAUGUCAACGGUGACAGAGGCAGUGCCGGCGGAGGCUCUUUGACGUUCUUUGCGGCACAAAAUAGUCCCGCCAGCGACAGAGGAAGCGCCUUUGGAACCGCAGGGACUCACGAGCGCUGGUGAUCAAGAUUGGCCUUCAACAUAUUGAGAGUUUGUUGAUUGAUGCUCGAUUUCGCAAGCUCAGAUUUAUUUUGUUCCUUUUUGUGUUAGUCAUCUCAUGACAUUGACGAUCGUUUGUGUACUACACGUUGUUCUUUUUUUGCCCCUACACUUUGCUCAUGCUCGCUGUCAGAAAAAGCAAGAAGAAUUUUAUGCUUUGCAAGAGCAUGCGAAUGAUACCCAUAACAAACCAGCUUCGAUGGCGAACUGGGGUUGGCUUGUGAAAAUAGCUACUGCAUAUCUGGAGACGGAAUCGAGGAAGAUUUCCGAACAAUAAUUAUUCAAAGACAUCAAGAGUCCUGAAAGAGACCAAAGACGAGAUGGAUGACGGGGACUAUUGCUCGUGGAAGAAAGGAAGAUUACUGAGACGGCCUAAUUCAGUCUGCUCCGCUUCUAGACGAGGCGACGAGACGAAGAACCAUAUUUAUAAAACUUGUUCACCACACAAA